CAGUCGUGAGUAACUAAAUGUCACGUGAUUAGUCAAUCGGCGCGCUAAAACCUUUUUUGACCAAAAGCAUCAUCCACCUUAUGCUGCGCGCUGGAUGGCGUUCACCAACUCGCAACCUCGCUGCGCAAACAUCGCUCUCAGCCACGCGAGCGAUUAUAAUACCUGAAUAUGACUUGGGCAUAACGACAAACAUAUCACCUAUUGCUCGAAAAUGGAAGAUCCAGUGAUGCUGCAGUCAGCAGUUCGCCUGCCUACACCUCCCCCCGGCACCUCUUACUCUCCCCAGCCUUCAGGGACUCGGAAAAGGUCACCACCCUCCCGCUCCCCUUCACCUGACCGACGUCGUUCUCCCCCAAACGGCACUUCUCGGGAUGGGCCUGACCAGCCACAUGAAGAGUCGGCUCGUUAUAUGGAGAGGGAGCAGCAACUUGCUGAACGGCUUCGAAAACGCGAGGCUCCCGCAAAGUCUCUAACUGAAGAAGAGAAGCAAGCUGCUGCGAAGGCAGAAUAUGAAAAGCUGCUGAAUAUGCGCUCUGGUGGAACAUAUAUUCCUCCAGCAAAACUCAGAGCACUCCAAGCUCAGAUCACCGACAAGACCAGCAAGGAAUACCAACGGAUGGCAUGGGAGGCCCUGAAGAAAUCCAUCAACGGUCUGAUCAACAAAGUCAACGUCUCAAAUAUCAAGUUUAUUGUUCCUGAGCUUUUUGGCGAAAAUCUCGUCCGCGGAAGAGGUCUCUUUUGCCGAAGUAUUAUGAAAGCUCAAGCUGCCAGUUUGCCGUUUACACCGAUAUAUGCUGCAAUGGCCGCGAUUGUCAACACGAAACUUCCGCAGGUCGGGGAGCUAUUGCUAAACCGACUCAUAGUCCAGUUCCGCAAGGCCUUCAAGCGAAAUGACAAAGCUGUAUGCAUCUCGUCGACAACAUUUAUUGCCCACUUGUGCAAUCAGCAGGUAGCGCAUGAGAUGGUAGCGGCUCAAAUUCUCCUGCUUUUGCUACACAAACCUACGGAUGAUAGUGUGGAGAUUGCUGUUGGCCUUACAAGGGAGGUUGGUCAGUACUUGGAGGAAAUGGGCGGGCCUAUCGCGCUGGCUGUGUUUGACCAGUUCAGGAAUAUCCUCCACGAGGCAGAUAUUGAUAAGCGCGUACAAUAUAUGAUCGAAGUGUUAUUUCAAGUCCGCAAGGAUCAUUACAAAGACAACCCUGCUAUCAAGGAAGAGCUCGAUCUCGUGGAGGAGGAAGACCAGAUUACCCAUCGCGUUAGUCUGGAUGAUGAAAUCGAUGUCCAAGAUGGCCUAAAUAUCUUCAAGUAUGAUGCGCAGUGGGAGGAACAUGAGAAUGCAUAUAAGAAGCUAAAAGCCGAGAUUCUGGGCGAAGGUAGCGAUGAGGAAGACGAGGACGGGUACGAAACAGAUGAGAGCUCCGAUGAAAAUGAGGAAGACGAUAAGGACCAACAAAUGGAUAUUAAGGACCAGAGCAAUACAGAUCUUGUUAACCUCCGAAGGACGAUCUAUUUAACUAUUAUGUCGAGUAUUGAUUUUGAAGAAUGUUGCCACAAACUCAUGAAGAUCACUCUGCCACCAGGACAUGAAUCGGAGCUACCGUCCAUGAUCAUUGAAUGUUGCUCGCAGGAACGGACUUAUUCCAAGUUUUAUGGUUUGAUUGGGGAGCGUUUUGCGAAACUCAACCGUCUUUGGGCCGACCUGUUUGAGGAGGCCUUCAUCAAGUAUUACGAUACCAUCCAUCGCUACGAAACAAAUCGCCUACGGAACAUUGCAAAAUUCUUCGGGCACAUGCUCAGCUCGGACGCGAUUGGCUGGCACGCACUGUCUAUUAUUCAUCUUAAUGAGGAAGAGACAACAUCUAGCAGCCGUAUCUUUGUUAAAAUCCUCUUUCAGGAACUUGCUGAGGUUCUUGGAAUGGCGAAACUUCAGGGAAUCUUCAGAGAUGAAAUACUUCAACCUAGUUUUGAGGGCUUGUUCCCGACUGACAAUCCGAGAAACACUCGCUUCUCAAUCAAUUACUUCACUAGUAUUGGUAUGGGUGUUCUCACAGAAGGGAUGCGCGAGCAUUUGAAAAAUCUGCCCAAACCCACGAUUCCGGCGCUACCGGCGCGAGAAGCAGAAUCAGACUCAGAGUCAGUCAGCUCAUAUUCAAGCUAUUCGUCAUAUACUGGUUCUUCCAGGUCCCGCUCGUAUUCUCACUCUCGUUCACCUUCUCGUGGCCGAAGACGGUCAGCGUCGUUCUCUCGCUCUCCCUCAUCUAGGGGAAGAACCUUCAGCAGAAGCAGGAGCAGAAGCCAUAGCUACACACCAUCCCGUUCACCGACCCCUCCACCGAGGCGUCGGGGUAGACAACCUUCAUACUCUCGGUCGCCAUCUCCCGCCAGCUAUAGGUCUCGAUCUGUAUCAUAUUCUCCCGACCGUCGCCGCUCUUCGCCGCUCAGACGACCAGAUUCGCGUGGUAAGGGCAAAGCAGUCGCUGUGAGGGGAGGCAGCAGACGCUCUCUAUCCCGUUCAAUCACCCCUCCCCGUCGCGGACGGGCCAACGGCGGCCGCGACAGGUCGACAAGCUACUCACGCUCCCCGUCCCCUCCGCCUCGCUCAAGUAGAGGAAAGCGACGAAGCCCUCCGUCCUUGUCGCGCUCACGAAUUCCCCUGCCUCGCAAACCACACAAGGAUAGGCGACGAUCCCCCUCUCGAUCCGCCACACCACCUCCUCGCGCCAGGGCGCACAGGGGCCGGAGCAGGAAUAGACACUCGUCCAAAUCCCCGUCACGCUCCCCUUCUCCCUCCCCGCGCUAUAGACAUAGAUAUAGCCGGUCUCCUGCAUCCGUUUCUCGUUCUCGAUCCCCUCGCCGCUCGCGGACUCCACCAAGACGUGCACGUCCGCGACGUGAUAGUCGCGGAGGCGGUCGUGGUGGCCGGAAACGGUCGCUUCCGCCUGGUGUUUCUCGGUCCCGGUCCAGAUCUCGAUCCCGAUCCCGACCACGGUCUCCGGUGCGAACAGCACCAUCCGGUGGACGCGCUAGGGCAUCUGAUUUCUUGUAAUCGUAUCCAUUAUUUUAUUCUUUUAACUUUUUUUAUUUUCUUUCUUAUAAUGUGGCUUCUUUGAAGGGAAAAGAGAAAUAUUAAAGCUUUCGCUAUUGGCCUAUGGUUAACAAGACAUACUAGUAUUAGAAGAAUAAACGAUGUACGUUUUGAGGUUUUUAUGGUCUGCACUUUUGAAAUCAAUGUUUCCUUCCCAUUAUUUGCUCUUUUGAUUCUUCUUUUCCU